UUGACCAUGUGAUUUAUGAAAUAUUCUUGAAUUCUUUUCAAAAAAAAACAAUCUUUGUUUAUAUUUUUUAACAAAAUUAAUCAAAAUGCAACACAGUUCAACAUCUUUAUUUCAAAUAUUCAAAUUUAUUCGUAUUCCACGGCGAUCAUAUCGUUUAGGUAGGAGAAUUAUUCCUGCCGGUUAUUAUGUUUCUCCAGCAUGGUUUGAUCAACGAAUUUCAAAACAAUCCGAACUCGAUAGUAAUAAUCAAAAACUUAUCGGUGUUGAGGGCACAAUCAAAUACAAAAAUGAAUUGUUCGACAAGGAAAAACAUCGACAACAAUCUCUUAUUACUAGGUUCGAAAAGAUUGAAGUGAAUCUGGAGAAACCUUUUCCUGAUGGUGAAGAUUAUGUCCUCAUGAUGAAUGCCAAUAUAUCUACCCCGUACGAGUGUGCCAGUCACAUUCAUCAAAAUCUUAAACAACGGUCUGCAUUGGCUUUGAUCAACGGAAAUGAAUAUUGGGACAUGCAUCGGCCACUAGAACGAUCCUGUCAGCUGACAUUAUUGCAUUUCAAACACGAUGAUUGUAUGCCAGUCAAUUAUGCAUUCUGGAGAAGUUGUUCGAUGCUAUUGGCCAGUGUCAUACCGAGAGCUUUUCGUGAUGAAUAUCAAGUACAGAUUAUCUCGAAACCUAUGGCUGAUAUGAGCGGUGGAAGUUUCUUUUGUGAUGUUGAGGUUGAAAAUCUAAGCGAUUGGAAACCGACUACUCAAGAAAUACAAUCCAUAACAUCUCUACUAUGGGAUGAAACGAUCAAAGCUCAUAGAUAUGAACGAAUACAAGUAUCGGCCGAAAUGACAGCAAAAUUAUUUGCCAAUAAUCUUCAUCGUUUAUCAGAGCUUGAAGAAUCAACCAAACAGGACGCAAAUCGCCAAUUCACUAUAUACCGUUGUGGUCAACACAUCGAACUGAGCGAUGGACCAUUGAUUGCCGAUACUAGUCAAAUCGGUUCAAUUUAUCUGUCGGCCAUACAUCCAUUGAAGAGAAGGAAUGGAUCAAGAUUCUAUCGUUUUCAAGGAAUCGCAAUGCCUAAACAAUUGAAUAUAAAUCCAUUUGCUUUCUCACUUAUACGUGAUCGAUCUAAACGCCUUAAUUCAUACGGUCUUGAUCAUUAACAUUAACAUUCGAUUCAAAUGAAAUCCGAAAAAAAUGAUGUUUUUUUGCUGUUUUGUUUGAAAAGAGUAAACACAAAAAGGAGAGAAAAUCUCCAUAGAAACACGCAUUGUCAUCUCAACAGUACAUUCAA